AAGAAAUGAUGAUAAAUGUACGUGGCAAAGAAUAGAACAGCGGAGGGAAUGAUGCAUACAGUUGAAGAAAUGAGGCGAUUGUGCAUGCCUGCCACGAAGAAACCCCUUCUAACUUCCAAUUCCGCCGCCUACUCUUCUUCCAUCUCAAUCUAUCCUUCUACUUAUCAUCAUAUACCUAGCUACUAGCGCCCGCACCUAUCACCAUAUCACUUCACAAAUCAGAUUGAGAUCGAUAAUUGAGAUAGCUGAGAUUUAGAUUUAUGGCUACUGCUACAGACCGUAACGCCGCCUUCUCCACGGAGGCGCCUUGCGCUCCGGUCACCGUCGAGCGCAAGGUCCAUGCCGAUCUCGAUUCCUCCAUUCCUAAGCCCUAUAUGGCGAGGGGAUUGGUGGCGGUGGACUGCGAGCAUCCGAAUGGGACUCCGGGACGGAAGCAUAACAAUAUGAGUGUUCUUCAACAGCACGUCGCCUUCUUCGACCUAGACAACAAUGGAAUCAUCUAUCCAUGGGAGACUUAUUCUGCGUCUCGUCAACUAGGGUUCAAUAUGAUUCUGUCCGGUUUAAUAGCAGCCGUCGUUCAUCUAGCUAUGAGUUACGCAACUCUCCCAGGGUGGAUUCCUUCCCCUUUUCUACCCAUAUACAUACAAAACAUACACAAAGCAAUGCACGGGAGCGAUUCCGAAACCUAUGAUGCAGAGGGGAGGUAUCUUCCAGCACACUUCGAGAAUAUCUUUACCAAGUACGCACGCACGGUCCCGGACAAGCUCACCUUGUGGGAGGUAUUGUGGAUGACCGAAGGCAAUCGCGACGCAUUCGACCUCUUCGGCUGGGUUGCGGCCAAAAUGGAGUGGGGAAUUUUGUACUUGCUGGCCAGAGACGUCGACGGUAUGCUGUCGAAAGAGGCGAUCAGGCGAUGCUUCGACGGCAGCUUGUUUGAUUACUGUGCAAAGAUACAAAGGAGUCGCGAAGGAAAGAUGGAAUGAAACUAGAAGCAUAGAAUGAAUCCUCUUAAUAAUAGGGUUACGUUGUAUAGCUUAGCCCUAGCUUAGCUUAGCUUGUACUACUUUCUGCUAAGAGUUAGAGGUAAUAACUAAUAACAAAUCACAAUUUAGAACGUUA